AUGGAUGGCAAGGUCAAUCUGAACGCAUCGCAGCAGUUCCCCACCACGAACUGCAUCCCGCUGAUACAGAUGCUGGCCUUUGAUGAGGGCGACGGCCUCCGCGACUUGUACGACAUGCUGCGAGAUGUGGAAGUAGACAUCGGCAUCAACGAUCAGUCCUUGCUCGCGGACUUGCACCCGGACAUCACUCUCAUGGUGGAAUCCCUGCGGGCCAUUACCAUCAACUGCAAUCGCAUCAUGCGGUCCAGGGUCCUUGAGGUGAUGUACACCGCGCUGCAUCCGCACGGCCCGGUGUUGCCCAAGAAAGACUCCAAGAAGCAGGAUGUGAAAGAGCCGAACCACGACUAUCGCAUCCUUACCUACCUCAAGAAUUCCGGGGCAGAGGCAGACGAGAAGCGCGAGCAGUUCUUCUUGCCCUCCCGCACCGAACGGGCCUUCACCUUCUCAGUGUGGUGCCGCAUGGACAAGGGCAUCUCUACGCAGAUUCGCCUGGAAUGGGACUGCCGGGGGCCCUGA